GGCGCAGGGCCAAGUGAAGGUGAGCGUGCCAGGUUGGCAGUGACCCGUCGAAAUUUGUGAGGGCGAAAGCCCGGAUUGGGGAUUGAGCCUGACCAUCACACCCUUCGUGGCGGCGAAGACAGCGGAAGGGGUUAUACUGGUCGAGUACUCGCGCUCGACAUUCGAUCGGCAUCGACGGCUGUCCUUUGGAGUCUGUCUUGAGCGAACCGGAGCUGUGAAGCAGAGAGAAGGGAGAUCGUAGGACAGUGAAUUGGAGCCGUUCGUUCGAGUGCGUUUGUCAUUCUUGUUGCUGUCAAAGCCAACUCGCUCAAAAUCAAGAUCACAGUUUCCUCAGAGAUUGUCGCCAGCAGAUCCUCUUUCGCAAAGGUCCUCCUAUUGCUGCUGAAGCGAGCGAUCGAGCAAUCAGCUUCCCUCCUGCAAAGUGGUUUCUUUUGUGCUACUUUCUCUUGGCGGUGCUGUUGCGUCCUCCUCCGCUGCACGCCUUGUUUGUGCUUGCUCCUGUGGACUUGGACCCUCGCGGCGGGAGAUCAACGGUGUUUUUCUGUCGAGGUUAGGGCAGUUAUGACGAGAGCCAGAUCCGCGGCGGCGGCGGCGGCGGCGGCGGCGGGGAAUAAGCAACGAGAGGCGAUCGUUGUUGAUCUUGAGAUGAACGACGACGAGGAGGUGGUUGAGGCUGCCGGGGAGGAGGACAAUUUGGCUUCGGCCAACGGCGGCGGCGAUGUGAUGGAUGAUGCAGGUAACGACGAAGAGGAGGACGCCGAUGCCAACGAGGCGACCGAAGAGGACGGUGAUGAAGUGAACGACGAAGAGGCUGAGGGCGGCGGAGAAGAGUAUGGCGACCAGGAAGCCGAUCCUGAGCACGGUGAUGGCAUGGACGACGCAGAGGGAGGUGAGAAAGAGCCGGAGGACUUAAAGCCGGCAACGAAGAAGGAAGUUAGUAAGGAUCCACUGGACAGGCCGCCUCACGGCUCCGAGGUUUUUCUUGGUGGAAUUGGGCGGGAUGUCUCUGAUGACGAAGUGCGCGAGUUUUGUCUUCCGUGCGGCGAGGUCUACGAGGUUCGAUUGGUGGUGGACAGGGAGACUGGACAGUGCAAAGGUUAUGGAUUUGUCACAUUUAUGAAUAAGGAGUCGGCACAGAAGGCGAUCGAGACGCUCAACGAGACCGAGUUCAAGGGUAAGAAGAUAAGAGUUACACCGUCGCAGUCAAAGCACAGGCUUUUUAUUGGGAACAUCCCCAAGCUCUGGACAAAGGAGGAGCUCUUGAAAGCCUUAUCAGACGAGUCUGCUGGAAUUGAAAGUGUGGAUCUGCUGCAGGAUCCAUCAAACCCACACAAGAACCGCGGUUUUGCUUUUGUGGAAUAUUAUAACCAUGCAGCAGCAGAACAGGCUAGAAGAGUUUUGUCGAAGCAAUCCUUUUUGCUGGGGGGAAGGACUCCAACUGUCAACUAUGCAGAAAAUCGCACUGAGCCAGAUGCAGCUGCGAUGGCACAGGUCAAAGUUGUGUAUGUCAGAAAUCUUCCCGAGUCAGUGACGGAGGAUUACCUACGAAAACUUUUUGAAAAGCACGGAGAGAUCACGAAGAUCAUUCUGCCAAUUCCAAAGCCUGGGCAGCCCAAGAGGGACUUUGGAUUCAUUCACUUUGCAGAGAGGAGCAGCGCAGUUGCUGCUAUUGACAAAGAUGAGAAAUAUGAAGUGGAUGGGAGGACCCUCGAAUGCUCGCUUGCGAAGCCCCCAGCUGAGAAGCGUGCACCUCCUCCGCCGGAGCCGUCCUAUCCUGUUCGGGGAGGAACUGCAGGGCUAUUGCCACAAUACCAGCCGCAGAGGUCCGCAGCAUAUGCAUAUCAGGCAGCAGGAGCUUAUGCUGGCUACGGGCAUGUUGGAGUAAGAGCAUACCCGAGCGCCCAGCCUGUAAUUUACGGCAGAGGUCCCACGCCUGCAGGGAUGACAAUGGUCCCGAUGAUGCUGCCGGAUGGCACAGUAGGCUAUGUCCUGCAACAACCAGGCCAGAUCCCACCUGCUACUGCCUAUCGGAGAGCAGGAGCUCAGGGAAUGAUCACAUACGCACAUUCUGGAGCCCCAAUUGGUCGGCAGGAUCGGCGGUAUCGCCCGUACUGAGGGUGAUUUGUGUAAAGUGUCGUGAGUGUAGGUCGGGUUGAUCAGUCUUUAUUAGUAGGGGUAUAUGGUGGUAGUGUUUGCCUGCCCUGGCAUGCAUGGAGGUGCGAGGGUCUUUAAACACUGUCUGCCUUUCUCUUCCAUUGUAAUGUGCCUGCCUUUCUCUGCAUGUGAGUCAGGUGCAUGCUCUACUGGGUUGUUUGGUUCAAACCCCCCCCAACUGACCUGUUUAAGUUUUGUCCGUUGAUGUGCGACCGGGUUGUUUGGUUCGAACCCCAACUGUGGCCUGUGGACGGACAUGUUUUGAACGGGAGAUGUAAAAGCAGGGUGACGUGGGUCGUCGCUGUAGUAUGUGGAUAUUCCUGGAAAGCGUACAUUGACGGAUGUUUCCUGGGUCCUGUUUUCUUGUUGGGAGGGACGAUCUCGAGAUCGAAAAGGACCCACUGUCGCAUUCAUCAUGCUGAAUGCAUUUUGACUCUGGCAUAUGAACAGCACAGCUCUUUUUUACGGUCUGGAUGUUGGUCAUCCAUUGAGUAAAUUGCAUGGGUGGGUCAGGACGGGCCGGCAAUUCGUAGGCUGUCCCCAUUCUUGGAUGAAGAUUGGUUGUCCAAGUACUUGAUGGGAAAAGGUAGGGUCGGGAAAGGACAGAUCGGACAUGGUAGGGACCCGUUCCUCAAUUUCCUUUCUCCCGAAGUGUGAGAAGUAGCGAAAGGUUUUGUGUUCUGCAAAUUAUUUGUCGCCAGCGAGUGGUUUUUCGGAGAGCAUCUCUGCUCUUUGCCUUCUGCUUCUUUCCAUGUCUAGGAGCAUUGCACAGCCUGCACAUCGAUCUCUUGGGUGCCUGUCCCGUGUCUGAUAGUCGAGCGAUGGGCUGAGCCGGGCGGGUGUCUUGUGUCAUGGGGCUGAAGGUAACGAACUGCUCAGGUGAAAAUGGGAAAGGUUGGGGUGAUGGGAUGAGAGUGUUCGUAAUGAUAUGAAAUAGUUGUUAAUCCCUUUUUAAAUUUGUAAAAGCCACAAAUGUUGUGAUGAUUUGAUUUUUUGUCACCAUGUAUAGACGGGUAACAAACGUCCGUUUUCCUG